UUAUAUAAGGAGCAAGGGAGAUGGCAAACCACAAACUCCUUCGUAGCUAAAAAUAUUUCCGAGAAUUGUGGUGGCUGAUCCCUUUGGACUUGGUGCGUUUUCUAUUUAUGGACUUCUAUACAUGGAUUAUGUCAAGACGAAGAAGAAGAGAGAGAAGCUUAAAUCGGUUCUGUCUCGUCUCCUUGCCGAUCCGAUUCUCGCCGACGUUCCGAGGAACCCAACACUUUUCGAUGUCGUCACUCUUGUCAGUCUGGAAAAGGGAAGCGCUAUGCGUCUCUCCGUCGUCAAGCUCGACGGCUCCUCACUGGAUGUAGCCGUCAUGAAUUCAGCUACUUUGAAAGAUCUGAAGCUUUUGAUCAAGAAGAAGGUUAACGAAAUGGAGCAAGCAAACAUGGGUCAUCGCCACAUUUCUUGGAAGCAUGUAUGGUCAAACUUUUGUCUUUCGUACAAUAAUGAGAAGCUGCUUGACGAUAAUGCUCUUCUUCAAGAUGUCGGAGUCCGCAACAAUUCUCAGGUGACCUUCAUGCCAUAUGUGAUGAAGAAGGGUCGAGGGAGACACUCCAAGAGGAAGAAGCAUCGUCUUUUUCGUUCACUCCACAAGACUUCUUAGAACCACCCAUUUUUAUAUGUUUGGCUGGUGGCUUGAGUAGACAUAGUCGUCGUCUCAGAACAAUUGAGAUCAAAACCAACAUAUUCUGUGGUUAAUCGCACCUUACUCACCAGCAUCACAAUACGCAGCAAUCUACUAGUGGCAACAACGACGCUGAUCUUGAGAACCUUAUAUGGUGUAGUGAUACCAUCAACACACAAGGGACCCGAUCUUUAUUGGAAGUUUGAGAGUUGAUUUUGAAAUUCUCUCUGUAUUUGACUGGUUCAGUUUUAGACUCUGUAACUAAUAGUUGUGGAUAGUUUAUAAUUAUUGGUGGCAAUGUGCAAAAAACAGAACAGAAACUGCUACGUUUUCAUUAUUAAUAAACGGGAACCUGAAUCUUAAUUCAAGAUAUAAUCCCAUUAUAUUAUAUAAUAAAAUGGAAGUACAUUAUUU